CACGACCACCGCUUCUUGGAGGACCCCGCCUAGCUAGCUAGACCUCUGGUUGUUGCGGGCGCGUGCCUGUCUUCCCCGACGCGCGCGUCCCUCUCCACUGUUGAGGAGCGUUCCGGCGGUCGGGGAGAAACGGGGAGCCGGCUCCGGCCGGCGGAACGGCGGCUCAAUUAUGGGCAGCCUUUGCUCCAAGGAGCAGGUGAACGAGGAGGAAUACGUGCCGGACAGGUUGCAGCCGCAGAAGGCGCCAAGCCAAACCCUGAAGCAACUCAUCACUCUCACCUCCAAGGAGGAUUCUGCGGUCGUCGCGCCGGUCGUGCACGCAGUCAUCGGCAGGUCUGAGUCCAACGUCAAGGCCAAGGCGCAGCCUACCACCGCGCCCGGUGCCGAGAAGAACGCUCCGGUACUCGUCAUCGCCUCUCUCAACAAGUCGUACUCGUACAGCACAGCCGGGCUCACGCACCACCGGCGGCCAACCGUGGACGCCGGCGACCAUGAUGCCGCAGCGGCAGCGGCAGCGGAGCCCAUCCCGCAGGGCGUGCCCCAGGGGUUCUCCGGCGAGCACGUGAUCGCCGGCUGGCCGUCCUGGUUAACCUCCGUGGCCCGGGAGGUCGUCCAUGGGUGGCUGCCCCGCCGUGCCGACACCUUCGAGAGGCUGGACAAGAUCGGGCAGGGUACGUACAGCAACGUGUACAUGGCGCGCGACCUGCAGAGCGGCAAGAUCGUGGCGCUGAAACGGGUGCGCUUCGUCAACAUGGACCCGGAGAGCGUGCGGUUCAUGGCGAGGGAGAUCCACAUCCUGCGCCGGCUUGACCACCCCAACGUGAUCAAGCUGGAAGGCAUAGUCACGUCAUGCCUCUCUCAUAGCCUCUAUCUCGUCUUUGAGUAUAUGGAGCACGACCUCGCCGGCCUCGCCGCUACCCCGGGCCUCCGCUUCACCGAGCCGCAGGUCAAGUGCUUCAUGAGGCAGAUCCUGGCCGGUCUCCAUCAUUGCCACGGCCGUGGGGUGCUCCAUAGGGACAUCAAGGGAUCCAACCUGCUCAUCGACGACAACGGCGUGCUCAAGAUCGCCGACUUCGGGCUGGCCACCUUCUUCGAUCCGGCCAAGACGCAGCACCUCACGAGCAGGGUCGUCACGCUGUGGUACCGCCCGCCGGAGCUCCUGCUCGGAGCCACCGAGUACGGAGUCGCGGUCGACUUGUGGAGUACCGGCUGCAUCCUCGCGGAGCUGCUCGCCGGAAAGCCCAUCAUGCCCGGACAGACCGAGAUUGAGCAGCUGCACAAGAUCUUCAAGCUUUGCGGGUCGCCGUCCGAGGAGUACUGGGUGAAGGCGAAGCUGCCGGACGUGACCCUCUUUAAGCCGCAGCGACCCUACAGGCGCCGGACCAACGAGACCUUCCGGGACUUCCCUCCCACAGCGCUGGACCUCCUGGACACGCUGCUGGCCAUCGAACCCUCCCACCGGGGCACCGCAGCUUCGGCACUCGACAGCCAAUUCUUCAGAACCAAGCCGUUGGCGUGUGACCCGUCGAGCUUGCCCAAGUACCCGCCCAGCAAAGAGUACGACGCCAAGCUCCGUGGCGAGGAGGCUAUGAGGCAAAACGUGGCGACAACCAUAGCAGGCAAGGGCUCACAGUCCGUGAAGCCGGGAAGAAACGAACCCAAGCCCGUGCCAGGGCAUGGCGCCAUUGGAGCAGACCACCAGAGGAGUCAGGCGCGUAACAACCCCAGGAGCAGCAGCCACCACUACAACACGCUCGAGGACAGCAUGUCGGGAUUCCGCAUGGAGCCGCGGGCAGCCGCCGGGCCGCCGUCGACGAUCCAGAACGUCGGGCAGUUCGGGUCGACGUGGUACAGGAAAGACGACCAGCGCGACCGCGCGGUCCAGCGCACGACCAGCUCCGUCAGAGUGUCCAACCACGCCCCGCACCUGACCUCGCAGAGGUCCUACGCCACGUCCCGGGGCACCGACCUUCACCCAAGCUCGUCGGCGACCAGGAACACCAACUCCAAGUACAACCGUCUUGACGUCGCGGAGCCCGCCAACGCGCUAGAUAGGCCAGUCCCUGCCAACAAGGACACCACCAUGAGGGACGCACCUUCAGCUGUGGCUGGUUACGAAGGGCGGAACCAGAGGAUGAACUACUCCGGCCCGCUGGUACCGCCGGGAGGGAACAUGGACGACAUGCUCAAGGAGCACGAGCGACAGAUCCAGGUGGCGGUGCGCAAAGCGCGCGCCGACAAGGAGAGGACCAACCGGAAACAUUACUGACCAGCGGAAGAAAAUGACAUGGUAGAAGAGAGCACCAACGAUCCACCAGGGUCAUCCUCGCCGCCAGAUCGAGCAUGUCAUGAGUGCACAAAAAGAACUCCACGGAUGGAACCAUAGGCGACCUGCAGAACCUCCAACGGGUGAACUGACGCGGCGUCCAACUCGCUGCUGCCGCUGCGCUGCCACGUCCCAAGAGUCGGGCCUUCCUUGAUCCAGGUGUAUAUAACUGCAGAGUUGGAAGGAUUCGGAAAGCUUCAAGGGAAAUGAGACUUGUACACUCGGUUGUAAAGAUGAAAAAGAAAGGAUGGCGAUAUUCGUCACACGUGUGACAUGUAAAA